AUGGCACCAGAUAUGGAUCCCCACAGCCCUGCAAACCCCUCCUCCACUUCCGACAAAGAGAGCGACAAUGACAACACAAGCACAGCUACCGCGAAGCAAGAACCCCAAUCCACAGAACCGAGUCCUAGAACAAGCACAACACUCUCAGCCCAACUGAAACAAGAAUGUAACGACCUACUCUCCCAGAUCGACGCCUACCAAUCGCUGCUCGUGUGCACAUUACGGAAUCCACAGCUCGUCGAGGUGCGCCAAUUCCGCUCUAGCGUACUCUCCGAGCUGAAGAUGCUGGAGAAGCUGGGACGGCAGAUUGAGGAGGCAAUUGGAGGGACGAAUCCUGGAGCAGAAACAAGGGUGGAAGACGGGGUAACGGAACAAGCCGGUGAUCCUGAGAUGGAAAUGCGGUUGGUGCAUGCGCUGCGCUCGUCGAAUUUGCCGUUUUAUCAGGCUGUCUGGAGGAUUGCAAGUGGGUCUUGUUCUGGGCUGGUUGCACUGGGUAGGAGGUUUUACUGGGAUGGGGAGACGAAGGUGACGGAGAGGAAGGGUGGGAAGGGGAAGGGAAAAGGUGGUGAUGCGCAGGAGAAGCAGCCUAACAAAGACAAGCGCAAGAGUGUGUUUGUGGAUAUUGUGGCUGAUGAUGGGGAGGAGUGGGUAAAGGUGUCUACUAUCUCUGAGAAUCGGCUUUUGUUCGAAAUGGCGAAGAAGGGAUGGGAGGGUGAUAGUGAUGAGGAUGAGUGGUCUGAUGACGGGGGUGAAGGGAGGACUAUUUUACAGAACUUUGAUGAUGAUGAUGGGGAUGACGAUGAUGAGUUGGAGCUCAUUAAGCUGGCCCGGGAUCUAAGGAAAGCCUCUGAUGCUACGCGCGUUAGAUAUAGACAUCCUCGGCUACGGGUUGUUAUACCUAAGAUUGAAGAGGGAAGUGUUCCUGAAAUUGACGCUGUUUUGAACGAAAUGCGGAGCUAUGGUAUUCGGGUUGACUGCCAGGGAAGUCUGCCAGCAGAAACUCCCAGCGGGCUAGCCCAUCUCCUGCCUCAGCCGUUCAAAAACUUCACUUCGACCCUGAAUGUCGACUGCACUUUGCUCCUUGCCUUGGUAUCUGACUUGUCUCACAUCAAAGACAUCCCGGUAUCCCCCCAUUUCCAUAGAGCCAUCGUUCGACAAAUCGAAGUUGAGCAGGAAAAACCACUGCUCACUUCCGAACUCUGGCCGGCUAUGGAUGGUCGUGAGCUUGUAUCCACCACAGAGGCUGCAGUGCGCUUCCGGGAAAUUGUCGAGACCAUUGGAACAGAAACAGAGAAGAGCCGGACUCACAUGUUGCUGGGAGAUCCACCAUACGAACAACUCAGUCGUGAGGCUAUUCUCCAGAAAUUCCAGGAAUUGUCUGAUUAUCAGGUGCCCACCGAUUGGAAACUCCCCAUCAAAGUUGUUGAUGCCCAGCAAGUGAUCGAUGCGGCAAAAGCACAGGGUAACCUUCAUCCAGUGGUACAUGACGUCGGGGAAGGCCUGUCGGAUAUCAAUCAUAGCGUGUUUUUGUACGGUUGGGUCACCGGGUUGACGACCAUUUCCAGCAAUCGCACAAUCGACAAGCAAAUCGAAGUCACCGUCGAGGACAACAGGAAGGGCGAUGAUGACCUACAAGGCCCUGACGUUUGGAUCUGUGACACAGCACGAAGUUUGGUGGGCAAAGACAAAGAUCGAAAAGCAUAA